AUGUGGACCCUGGUGAGCUUGGUGGCCUUAGUGUCAGGGCUGGCGGCUGGAACGCAGUGUCCAGAUGGUCAGCGCUGCCCCGUGGCCUGCUGCUUGGACCCAGGAGGAGCCAGCUACAGCUGCUGCAAUCCUGUGGACGAGUGGCCCACAGCGCUCAGCAGGCACCUGGGCAGGCCCUGCCAGGUGGAUGCCCACUGCUCUCCUGGCUACUCCUGCCUCCUCACUGUCUUGGGGACCUCCAGCUGCUGCCCCUUCCCAGAGGCUGUGUCGUGCGGGGAUGGCCGCCACUGCUGCCCCAGGGGCUUCCACUGCAGUGCGGACGGGCAGUCCUGCUUCCGGAGACCAGACGCCAACCCCUUGGGUGCUGUCCAGUGCCCCGGUAGCCAGUUCGAGUGCCCCAACUCCUCCACGUGCUGCAUUAUGGCUGACGGCGCCUGGGGAUGCUGCCCCAUACCCCAGGCUGCCUGCUGCGAAGACAAGACGCACUGCUGCCCCCGAGGUGCCACCUGCGACCUGGCCCAUACCCGCUGCCUCACCGCCACGGGCUCCCUCCCCCUGGCACAGAAGGUCCCGGCCCGAAGGACUGACGCAGCAGGGGUCCUGUGCCCAGACGGACAGUCCCAGUGCCCCGACGGCUCCACCUGCUGCGAGAUGCCUAGCGGGGAGUAUGGCUGCUGCCCAAUUCCGAAUGCCAUCUGCUGCUCCGACCACCUGCACUGCUGCCCCCAGGACACGGUGUGCGACCUGGCCCAGAGUAAGUGUCUCUCCCAGGAGAACGCCACGGACCUCCUCACCAAGCUGCCGGCUCGCAGAGUGCAGGACGUGAAGUGUGACACGGAGACCAGCUGCCCCGAGGACUACACCUGCUGCCGCCUCCCGACAGGAGCCUGGGGCUGCUGCCCGUUUGUCCAGGCCGUCUGCUGCUCGGACCACCAGCACUGCUGCCCCCAGGGCUACACGUGCCUGGCUGGGGGGCAGUGUCAGAGGGGGAACCGGAUCGUGGCGGGUCUGGAGAAGGUGCCCGCCUCCCGGGCUUCCUCGUCCCAACGCAACGACACGGACUGUGACAAGCACACCAGCUGCCCCGUGGGGCAGACCUGCUGCCAAAGCUUGAGCAAGAGCUGGGCCUGCUGCCGGCUGCCCCACGCUGUGUGCUGCGAGGACCGCCAGCACUGCUGCCCCAAUGGGUACACCUGCAACGUGAAGGCCCGGACCUGUGAGAAGGCGGUGGACGCUGCCCACCUGCCCCUGGGCCUUCCUGAGGGCGUGGGGGACGUGGAGUGUGGACAGGGCCGCUUCUGCCACGAUAACCAGACCUGCUGCCGAGACAGCCGCGGGAGCUGGGCCUGCUGUCCCUAUCGCCAGGGCAUCUGCUGUGCCGACCAGCGUCACUGCUGCCCUGCUGGCUUCCACUGCGGGGUCAGGGGCACCAAGUGCCUGCGCAGGGAGAUGCUGCGCUGGGACGCCCCUCAGAGGGACCCAGCCCCACGAGAGCUGCUGUGA